AUAGAAGCAGUCGGGGAUGCUGGAUUUCGGGGCAGCUGUGCGCCGUUAUGGAAGGUGAUAAGAGAAGAACCAGAGAAGACACUUGGAAGUCAGAUGAACUAAAGAAGCAUCUUAGGAGAUCCCUGUCAAAUAGUCAGUCUGACGACAAGAGACAUCGAGAGAGAAAACUGCGAGAGAGAGAAGGCCAUGACGCUGAUGACUACAAAGAACCAGACAAGGACAGAGUAAAAUCAAAAGAAAAAACGGGAGAAAAAGCAAGGUUUAAAUCAAGUGAAAGACAUAGAGAGGAACAGAAAGACAGAGGAAGAGAAAAAGACCAUCCCAGAGAGCGAGAGAGAGAAAAGGCUAAGGCAACUCACGACAGACACACCAAAGAAGAAAAACACAGUGCGGGGAAAGGUGGAGAGCGACACAGUGGAAGAGAGAGGGAGAGGAAGCACAGGAAAGAUGAUCCUAAUCAUGCAAAUGUCCAAAAUGCAACAGAGCUUUAUGGGGAAAGGAAUAAAGAACCCCAUAGAAGACAAGGCAGCAAGGAUUAUGGAGAUCAUUUGAAAAUAAGAGAUGAAGAAAAAGAGAGAAGGCAUUCGGAGAGAAAGAAUGAGGAGGUCAAGAACUAUGAGGGCAAGAUUUCAAAAUACAGAGAUGAAGAACGUGAACACAGACGCAGGUCUCACACGGAACAAGAACUUGACAAAGACAGGAGGAGAAGGCACAGGGAAAAAAGAGAACAGGAACACUCAGUGGCGGAAGGAAAAGAGAAGCAUCUGAAAGACAAAAGCCAUAGGGAUGAGGAUGACGGGGACGAGGGCCACGCGCACAGGACACACACGGCGCAACUUCUCCAUAAAGACAGACGCUACAGAGAGAGCAGUGAAAGGCGGCAGAAAGAAGAUGGUGAAGUCAAGAAGAGAGACCACAGGCACAGCGAACACAAAAGCCAAGGGAAGAGCUCAAGGCAUGAAGAUGAAACUGACCAUCUACGUGAAAGGAGUUCAAAAGAAAAAAUAAAGAACCAGGCCAAGAGUGAAAAAGAAGAUACAAGACAAGAAGAACUGAUAAAGGACAUCGCUAAUGCCUCUAACUCUGAUGCAGAUUACGAUAAUUAUUCAGCGAACUAUGAGGAAGACUUUGAGGAUUAUGAAGAUGAUUUUGAUGACGCGGAUGAUGAUGAUGAUGAUGGUGAUGUCGAGAGUCAGGGGAAUAGGGAGCGAGAAGAAGAAGAAAAAGAGGCUAAAGAAAAUGUACGGAAGGUUCCCAUAGUCAAGAACUCAGAAAUAGAAGAGAUUCAGAAAGCAAUCAAUGCGGAAAACGAAAGAGUCAGGACCUUUCUCCCGGAGCAAAGCAAGAAUGAAUCUCUUCCCAAAGAAUGUGAAAAAGAACUGGGAACGGAAAGACGAGAUUCACCCAGGAGAAGUCCUGUUUCUGGAAAGUUCAUCGAUUUCCAAAUCGCCAAACAGCGGCAAAGUAUCAGAAAGGUUGCCAAUGAGCAGAAGAAACGUUGUCUCGAAGUGCUUCGCCUUAUUGACCUCGACUUCUCAGUCAGCUUCUGUUUGUUGGAUUUGCCUCCAGUGAAUGAAUAUGACAUGUACAUCCGGAACUUUGGGAAGAUAAACACCAAGCAGGCUUAUGUUCAGUGGAAUGAGGAUAAUCUAGAAAGAGAUGUUCAGACUGAAGAAAUAGAGACUCAAGAAAAAUGGACACAGCAUCCUGGAGAAACUGCCAUUGUGUGUGGAGGUCCAAAGAGCAGCAGUGAUGUAUCUGUCCUUGCGCCAAAGAUUGAUUCCCAAAGACUGGCAAGUUUCCUGCGGUCUGCUUGUCAGGUGAUUGCAGUUUUGCUUGAGGAAGAUCAAGUUGCAACACAGCCCAGACGGAAUCUAAGGUCGCGACAGACCAGUCUGUCUAUUAGCGAUAAAUGCUUCCAGUUAAACACCAAUCUUCCUUUCCUGCAAGGUCGAAAAGUUUCCUGUUUACACAUCUCACAAGCUCAGAGGCAGACACUGCUUUCUGUGCAUGACUUACCGGAAAAGUCAAGCGAUCUGCCAUUGGACGAAAAAUACGUCAUCUGUGUGUGGAAUGUCUGGCAGCCUUCAAAUCCUCAGAAAAUUUUAUUUUGUGGAUCACAGGUAACGUGCUGCUGCUUCAGUCCCAGUAAAGCUACUUUAGUGUUUGCUGGAACAGUCGACGGUUCGGUGCUGGUCUGGGAUCUCAGGGAAGACUCCAGGAUGCAUCACCGUAUCACCUUCAAUGAGACAGACUGGGCAUUUCGAUCGCCAACGUUUUCUACAGAUGGGAUAUUCACGUCAGUCAGCCACAUGUGCCCCAUAGUGACAAUUGAACCCGUCUCAACGACUGUCUUCAAGGAACAAAACUGUGGGCUUUCCUAUCUCUCAUCUCAGGAAGAAAUGUUAGGGCUUUCAUUUCAGAUCGCCUCCAUGGAUGAAAAUGGGACCCUCAGUCUGUGGGUGGUGGUUGAACUUCAAAAAGAGGAUUUGGCUGGCUCACAAAGAGACUUAGGCCUAAUUCCUGGGGGGAAAGUAAAGCUGGUUCAUAGCUCUACCAUUCAGCUGAAGUGCAGCUAUUCGCCAAAAGACACCACGUGCCUGGGGACAUCCCAGCUACUGAAUAUUAAGUUUCUGCCUUCUAAUCCUAACCAUUUCAUAGUUGGCACAGACGUUGCUGUUGUGAGUCACGGUACAAGGCAUGAACUGAGAGCGCCUCCAAAGUUGUUCAAACCACAGCAGGGGGGACCAAGAUCCACCCGAGUCAAUGCAAUGGACUUCUCCCCUUUUGGAAAGCCACUAUUUCUGGCGGGCUGUUCAGACGGGAGCAUACGACUGCACCAUAUGACCUCCGAGCUUCCACUCAUGCAGUGGAACAACGGCACGACGGGGCAGCCAGUGAUUGCCCUCCAGUGGGCCCUGACCCGGCCAGCUGUCUUUUUUGUUUUGGAUGCGACGUCUGUCGUUUAUGUUUGGGACCUGCUGGAGAGUGACUUGUCGCCUGUAGCCAAACAACCCACCCCGGCAGAUAAGGUUCUGACUAUGGCUGUGCUGGGGGAGCCGGAGAAACUCAACGGCCUCCUCGGGCUUGCGCUCGCCAGAGAAUCCGGGAUCAUAGAGAUCUGGUACGUGAAGAAGAAAUGGGCCGUCCCUCAGCCAGAGGAGUCCGAGAAACUCAACUUGCUCUUGCAGCAAGCCUUGUAG